CCGCUGGGAGGGCUCAGAAGCGCGGCCCGUAGGCUGCAGGGAGGGCGAGUGGAGCGAACGGAGGGGCUGGCACACGGUGUCCGGCCCUGUUACCCGUCCCGGGGACUUGAGACUUGCCGCGCGGGCUAGGGAGCCUCAGCUUGUUCCUCCGCUUGGGGAAGGCGCUAGCCUUCUGCCGCGGCCACCCGGCUGCUCCGGAAUGGAAUGGGGGCCGUCGCAGAACCACGUGACUCCCGUUUCCCCAGCCGUUUAAAUUCUGUUUUCUCCCCGGUCGGCUUCAUAGUGCGGACGCGCUCCGACACCUUACACGCUGAGCCCGGUGGGGUUCGUCCUCUGCCUGUAACUUUAACUCCCGAUACCUGUCCUCGGUUUCUGAUCGCCCAUUCCGUGCGUGGAGGAGGAAACCAGAUCCCGAGCUGUCUUCUGCCUUGGUGCCUCCCACACAAACGCCGUGAUACUUUUUAAACCCUUUAGGGCUUUCGUUAGGAGCCAGGAUGAGCAGAAAUAGCAGGAUCAAGGUGAGAAGGAGAACCCCAUGCGGGAACUUCGCAUCCGCAAGCUCUGCCUCAACAUCUGUGUGGGGGAGAGUGGAGACAGACUGACCCGGGCAGCCAAGGUGCUGGAGCAGCUCACAGGCCAGACGCCCGUGUUCUCCAAAGCUAGAUACACGGUUAGAUCCUUUGGUAUCAGGAGAAAUGAAAAGAUUGCUGUCCACUGCACAGUCCGUGGGGCCAAGGCAGAAGAAAUCCUGGAAAAAGGUCUAAAGGUGCGAGAGUAUGAGUUAAGAAAAAAUAACUUCUCUGAUACUGGAAACUUUGGCUUUGGGAUCCAGGAGCACAUCGAUCUGGGGAUCAAAUAUGACCCUAGCAUUGGUAUCUACGGCCUGGACUUCUACGUGGUGCUGGGUAGGCCAGGUUUCAGCAUCGCAGACAAGAAGCGCAGGACAGGCUGCAUUGGGGCCAAACACAGAAUCAGCAAAGAGGAGGCCAUGCGCUGGUUCCAGCAGAAGUAUGAUGGGAUCAUCCUUCCUGGCAAAUAAAUUCCCGUUUCUAUCCAAAAGGCCAAUAAAAACUUUUCAGUGAAAUGUAUAUUACUGUUGUGUGUUCUGUGAAAGGAGCCUGGCCAUAUUCAAGUCCCUGGACCUCAAGCCACUUAAAGCUUCGAUGGGAAUAGCUGGUAACGACCCUGUCGUCCUCUGGAUGCCAGUGUUUCCUGGCAGAUUGAAGCCUGAGCUUCGCAGCAUUGCCUGUGCUCCCCACACCCUUGUGGUUAGGCUGUGGUGGUGCAGUAGUCACAUGGAAACUGAUUUUAGAGGGGAGGGUAUGAUUGGGCCUGGGGUUUGAAUAUAGAGCUUUGGUGAUAGGUGAAGGUGGGGUGCAGUGUUCCCAUGUUCCAGGAGGCUCCCCUCUCUUCACUAAUUCUAGAGAUUAUAGCAGCACUCGUGUCUGAUGAAGGGAGUCACAGGCUUUGGUGUGUCAUGUUUGGGAUUAAAUUUUGGUUUAACUGUUCAGACGCCAUUUUCCUUUAAAAUGAGAAUGUAUAGUAGGGUUGUUGAGGCAAUUUAUAAGCCUAGAAGAGAAUGGUCUUUGAGGCAAAUUGCCUGGAUUUGAUUCCCUGACCUGCUUUUUAUCUGAUAUGUAACCUUAAAUAAGUUAAUCUCUGCCUCAGUUUCUCCUCUGUAUCAUGGAGGCAAGUGAUAGCCCUCAGAAGGUUAAUACUUGCAGAAUACUUAGACUUGGACCAGGCACAUAGUGCUCAAAAGGGGUUAAUUUUGUAUUUUGGUACAUGAGAAAUGUUACUCUUACCAGUUUGCUCUUCCUUUGGUGUGAAAGUAGAACUUUCUUGCCUUUUCUUGUCACUGAACCAGUGACAUUCAAAAGCCACCAUUUCUCUGGCCGUUAGACACAGUAGUUGGCCAAUGGUUAAUAGUUUUCAGUGUAGUUUACAGUUUGAGCACAUGUUAAUUCAGUUCAAUUUACCCACUUGUGACUAAUGAGUUCAGUUUUUCUUGGGCCACCUUUUCACUGCCGUUAAAUGGUUCUCUUAAUUUGUUAGCUACCUUUGUAGUUAUUUUAAAACCCAGAAAUCUCUUUGGUGUGCCUUCCUUAUUAUGGGAAUAUGACAUUUUUGUCUUCCUGAUAAUAAAGUCUUAGCCAGUGAGAUCAGAUACAGUUGGUUAAAGAGGAGAAUCCUGGAAUGUAUUACCAUGUACUUUUUGUUUCACUUAAAAUAUUAGUGUGCAUUCACUUUCCAGGCUGACUGUAGGGCCAGGACUAUCACGUUAUAAACAGGGAAAGUUGUGAAGGAGUGAUUCUUGUUCAGCUUCAUUGGGGGGGGGGGGGUGACUUGUCUUAACUUCUAUAAUUACAGUAACAACUACAACUGGAGUAUACACAUGAGAACAAAUUGUUGGUGAAGAUACAUAAUUUGUGUUGGUGGGUGCUAGCUGCUGUGGGGAGUCAGUAUAUUGUACAGAGGAGACCGCGUUAUGCUCGUUUUGUUUAAAGCAUUUCAGAACUAUGAAGUGUAGAAAGUGAAGGGCCCUCGAAUACAAUCACUGGCCUUCUGUACUUUACUGUUAGCCGUUUGCUGUUACCUGUAUGUUUUUAUGUUUGUGUUCCUGUUUAAUUUUAACAAUAUAAACCUGUCCACCUUUCA